AUACACCAAAAUGUUCAUUGAUGAUGGUUUAGCGCAUAAGAAAGGAUCACCAGUCGUUCUUAAAGUCGCUCUUAACUUACGAACAGCUAUAUGAAACGGACCCCCGGGUAUAUGUCACAAAAAGUAUAAGUUCAAGUGCCCCUGCAAGUGGUACUUUUCAGAGGAUCAGUGUGCAAAGUGAAAUAGUGCACUAGGAAUUGCAGGGAAGGGAAAGAAGGCACAACAAAUUUCAAUUGUCUAGAACCAUGGGGAUCGACAUUGGCGGCGGAGCAGAGGAUUGGAAUGGCGAACUUUAAAGUGUGCAGAGCCGAUCGAGUCAGCUGUCAUGUCUAGUCUGUGUAUGUCACCCGUACGCGCGCACGGAAGAAACCGAAAUAUCGCUGGUAUCUCCGACAGCUUCCGAAACAUAAACCAAAAUGGCGCUGCCCAUGACUGAAAAGAAAUUGUCCGUCUCCUCUUUCUGUGAAGCAAAUUCACAAAUUCCAGAAUGGAUGAGAUCGGAACAUCUCACAGGGACAACAAUCAUGGCCGUUGAAUUUGAUGGUGGUGUUGUCAUUGGUGCUGACUCAAGGACAACCACAGGGUCAUACGUUGCCAACCGCGUAACUGACAAACUGACCAAGGUUUCUGAUCGUAUCUACUGCUGUCGCUCAGGGUCGGCUGCUGAUACCCAGGCUAUUGCUGAUAUCGUCACCUACCUACUGGAGUUUCACAGUAUCAACCAAAAUGAGCCACCCCUUGUACACACGGCUGCUAACUUGUUUAGAAACCGUUGCUAUGACUACAGAGAUCAACUUCUGGCUGGUAUCAUCGUAGGAGGCUGGGAUAAAGAGAAGGGAGGACAGGUAUACUCUGUACCUCUAGGAGGUAUGUUCGUUAGACAACCUUGUGCCAUAGGGGGAUCAGGAAGCACCUACAUCUAUGGCUAUGUGGACGCACAUUACAAGGAAGGCAUGACCAAAGAUGAAUGCCUCACAUUCGUAGCUAAUGCUGUAUCUCUAGCAAUGUUCCGUGACGGAUCCAGCGGAGGUAUCGUACGUCUAGCAGUCAUCACAGAGGAUGGUGUAGAAAGGAAGACCAUCUUAGGAAACGAAUUACCUCGCUUCUAUGAAGGUUAAAAACCUACCUUAACUUAUGCUUUGAAAAUGUAAAAGGUAGUGCUUCGUGGAAACUGGCAGACAAGUCAGUGGCCCAUAUUCUGAAGUCAGGUUUAAUUCAAACUCUGUUCUAAAGAUGUAGUUCAACUACACAUAGUUAAUAGGGACAGAAAUCUCUAACAGAAGGUUCAGUAUAUCAGCUCAAUUGACUCUCAAAUCGUUAUUAACUUUCUGGGAAGGAUAAAUAAGACAGUUGGCUUCAACAUUAUAGAAUUAUUGAAGAGCACAGUAAACAUAAGAAACAUACCAUGUAAACAAAAUUUUGACGUUUGGCUUCCCAUAAUUUUAGCACAGAGUUAGAGCAUGGUCUAAGUUAAACUCGACUUCAGAAUACAGGCCUGUGUGUUUUUGAAAGGCUUGGUGUGAACAUACAAGCUAUCAUUGGGUUACUUCUAACACACGCAUGAUUGGUUUGUCUGUUCAGAGCCUGCUUUUCAUCAAGUCUUGUCUGCAGAUUUCACAAUGAUGCACUCCCUUUAAGCUAUUAAUGCUUUCAUCAUACCAGCAUAUGGGGACAGAUUAGCAAAGUGCACAUGCCAUCUUGAUGUGUUGUAUAUCAUGUCAUGAAUCAUUAUCAACAUUCUAUUUUGAAUUUGAUGUGUGACAAGAUCUAUGUUCAUGUAUAUAUUUGAUAUUUAUGGGCCUAGUGUGAAACCCAAAAACAACUGUACAUGUACAUUAGUGAAAGACAAAAGAAGAAUUUAUAGGCCUGUACAAGCUUCAGGUAUUAUGACUACUUUCAACUCAAUCAAUUCAAUUCAUUUUAUUUCCAUAUUCAAAUUGAACAAUGUAAAAAAAACAUGAUAGAUAAUACAAACAAGAGUUGAUAAAGAAAUGAAAAAAAUACAAAAAAUAACAAUAUCAAAAGCUACAAUAAUUACAAAGAACAACCUAAGAAACAAAACAUAUGUAACCUGAAUAUGGAGGAAUUGCCAGAAGCCAAAGACACUUAUCAAGGGAAAUCCCAGAAUAAGGUUGAAACAUAUCGGCCGAGUAUUUUUGCUUCAUGAAGUUUAGAAUCUGAAAGCUUUGAAAAGAGUCUAUAUUGUGUUACUCUGAAGUCUGUGACAUCAGGUUGUGUGAGUAGGGUCGCGAUUACCUGUUUUUGAGGCCUGCAAAUUUGAGUGUUUCUGUAGCAAAUACUCAUCUGGGCUUCAUAUCAUAAAGCGUAGCGAUCGAUCGUUUGGCUGACUUUUAUGAUUGAUCAUACACAACUGUCUAUACAAUCAAUCGUAAAAAUUCGCCCAAUAAUCAGUCGCAAAGUCUUAUGAUACAGGUUACUGAUGAAAAGGCAUGAAACUAGCAGUGUUGUAUUUUGAAGCUUGCAAGCUUUCAAUUUGUGUUUUUGUUUGUCUUUUAUUUUAUGCUUCUAAACGAGGUCUUCAAAAAUUGAUUUUAGCUGUUAACACUCUCCUCCAAUUAGCAUUGUUUCUUUAAACAGGAUCUUCAACAUACCAUAUAGAGAGCAAUGGGUGUCAUAUAUAUGUAUAUCAGACACAUGAUAUGGAACUAGACACAUUGUUACUAGUAUACAUCUGAAUUCAUAUGUUGGUGUGAUGAUAGCAUUUCGUUUUGUAUCUAUUGUAAGAAAUUUGUGAAGUUCAUGUAGAUAUCCAUGACAUUGAAUGUGUUUGUAAUAGUGUUUCAAAAUCUUUCUUUCAGAAUCUGUAUCCUUAGGUAUGUUUUCCCCCCUACACAUUUUGCAUCACUAAGAGAAUUAAAAUACAGGUAAUCAAAGAAUAUCACUUUACAUUUACAUAUUUGACCUUGAAUUUUGAUCUUUGCUCAAUAUUUCAUUAAUAUAACAUUCCUGAGGAGUGGUUUGGAAAGCUGUACGAUAACUUAUUGAUGACUUUAGAAAUACCUUAGUUUGAUGCCCAAAGCAUUUAUUGAUGUUGUGGUGGAAUAUAAUUAUGGUUUUGCUACAUGUAAGUUCUUGUUUUGAUUGUGAUAAGAUAUGCCUUACACUAUCACAGAUGGUGUUGAUAUUGAUUAAAUGCAACAACAUUUUAGUUAGGCUAGUGGGAUUUAGACAAGUAAUGGGGAGCAUUUCAAAAAAUCACUGAUAAAUGUUAUAAGCUACUAAAAUCUUUGUAUCUGAUUGGCUCAGAACAAAUAAAAGUCGGUGAAAAUCACUGACAUGCUGCAUUGUGAAACAGUCCCCAGGUAUCCAAGUUGGUAGAUCAUAUGAAAAUCAUAGAUCUGUAAAUUCAUGUAUACAUGUAUGUCAAACAGGAUUGAUGACAAUAUAUCAUAUUUUCAGGUUCUCCCACUGAUUUGAAGCUUUUCAUGUAAGUCAUUUAUGAUGAAAUCAUUAUCCAACUUUCUCAAGUCCUCACUCAUCUCUUUGUUUCAGAUUUAAAAAAAAUGAUUUAUUGGGUUUUGCAAAUAAAUGCAUUUGCUUAUACAAAAAAGUCUGCAAAUAUUUAAUUUUCAUUCCAGUAAAACUGAUUAACAAAUUGAAAAAUGACACUGCAAAUCAAUGUAACUUACUUCAAAAUCAAUUAGGAAUCUGCUUUGUUUCAAGUAUUUGAGGUAAAGCUUUCAUUAGACUUGUUUUCUCAGAAAAAAUUGAUUGAAGUACGGAAUGUAUUUAUCAUAAAGGAUGUAUUUUAUUUCACAUGAUAUGAUCAUAGAAAAAGGAUUCACUUUUGAGUGAAAUCUAUCUUGGGUUGUUGAACCUCAAGUCACACCAGUUAUUGGGAGAACUGUAAAGUUGAACAUUAUGGUAUUGUGCUGAGACCUUUCAUGCAAAACUUAUUAAAUUCAAGUUAAACCAA